AUGCCACUCCGCAUCGCCCCGUUCCGUGCAGCACUGCACCUCGCAGCCGCAGCAGACCGCAGCACGCGACCGCCACCCAGCAGCUUCUCGUGCUUCUUCCACAGCAGCCCGGCCCUGCGUCGCGAUGACAUCGACAGCAAGAACCACUAUGAGACCCUCGGCGUCCAGACCACCGCCUCCUCCAAGGACAUCAAGCGGUCCUUCUACCACCUCUCCAAGACCCACCACCCGGACCACAACCGGGACGACCCCCUAGCCUCGAAGCGCUUCAUGCGCAUCAGCGAGGCCUACAGCGUGCUCUCCCACGACGACCGCCGCGCAAAGUACGACCGCGACGUCUUGCGCCUGCACGACCAGCGCGCCGGCGCUGGCGGCCCCGGGUCUGCCUCGCACCGCGGCGGUAGCUACAGCAGCACCGGCCCGGCGGGCGGGAGGCCGGCGUCGGGCCUGUCGCGGAGGCGAGGGACCUUCCGCGGCCCGCCGCCGAGCUUCUACCGCAGCGGCGGGUGGGGCGCGCACGGGGCCAAGAGGAGCCAGGCGCAAGAUCAGUCGGCCAGCGGCAGCGGCGCCGGACACGAUGCCCACCACCAUCACCAGCACCACCACGGCCAUCAUCAUCAACAUCAGCAUCAGUCGUCGGGUACGCACGGCUACGGCAACUUCAACGGCGGGAUGGGGCCGGGCCAGGAUCCGUUCGGCGGCGGCGGCGGCAGCAGCGGCGACAUGCCGCACUUCGACCGGACGGCCAAGGCGGCGCACACGCGGACGCAGAGCCGGGUUGACGAGAUCCGGGCGCGCAACGUGGCCAAGAAGCACCGGUUCCCGAGCGCGUCGGGCGACUACGGGGAGAUCGGGAGCUUCUUCGCAGUGCUGGGCGUAUUGGGUGUGGCGGUCGGGCUGCCUUACCUCGUCAUGAGGGGAUGGAGCCGGACAACGGAAAAUAAAAAGAAGUCGACAAGGACGGCGGCAGGAUGA